CCCUGUUUUGCCGGAGAUGGAUGCAGCGCCACUUCUCGGCGACGGAAGCGGCGGAGACUAUGCUCCGGCGAGGACAUUUAAGGAGUUCAAGAAGAUCGUGUGGAGUGAGACGGUGAAGACUUGGCUGAUCUCCGGUCCGGUGAUUUUCCAGAUCGUUUGUCAAUAUGGAACCAACUCUGUCACUAAUAUUUUUGUGGGUCAGCUCGGGGAGCUUGAGCUCUCUGGAAUUUCCAUUGCCAUCUCUGUUAUUGCCACUUUCGCUUUCGGUUUCAUGUUUGGAAUGGGAAGUGCAACAGAAACACUAUGCGGCCAAGCAUUUGGGGCAGGACAAAUCCACAUGCUGGGAGUAUAUAUGCAGAGAUCAUGGGUGAUAAUGUUGAUAUGUGCACUGCUAAUCACACCAGUCUAUGUGUUUGCUACUCCCAUUUUGAAGCUUUUGGGGCAACAAGACGAUGUAGCAGAGCUGGCUGGAAGCUUCUCAGUGCUCAUACUCCCACAGCUCUUCUCCUUUGUGGUGGCUUUCCCAACCCAAAAGUUCCUGCAAGCACAAAGCAAAGUGUGGGCCUUGGCUUGGAUUGGAUUUGGUGCCCUUAUGGUCCAUGUCUUGAUGCUGUGGCUCUUCAUUUUCCAGCUCGGUUGGGGCACCACCGGCGCUGGCAUGGCCUUGAACAUCUCUGGUUGGGGCAUUGCCAUUGCUCAAGUCAUUUAUGUGUUUGGUUGGUGCAGUGAUGCUUGGAGGGGCUUCUCUUGGUUGGCUUUCAAGGAUUUGUGGGGCUUUGUUCAGCUCUCAUUUUCAUCUGCUAUCAUGUUUUGCUUGGAGAUUUGGUACAUGAGUAGCAUUGUUGUUCUUGCUGGUCACCUUCCAAAUGCUGUCAUUUCUGUUGAUUCGCUAUCCAUUUGUAUGAACUUGAAUGGAUGGGAAAAUAUCAUUUUCAUUGGAGUUAAUGUUGCUAUGAGUGUUAGAGUCUCCAAUGAGCUUGGAAAGGGACGGCCUCGUGCAGCGAUGUACUCCGUUUACGUGACGAUAGCGGAGUCUCUCGUUCUUGGCCUCCUCUUUAUGGUCUUGAUAUUCUUUGUCAAGGAUCAUUUUGCUGUCAUCUUCACAAGUAGUGUUGCUGUGCAGAAAUAUGUUGCUAAAUUGGCUUAUCUUCUUGGUAUAACCAUGGUUCUCAAUAGUGUCCAACCAGUCAUAUCAGGUGUGGCCAUAGGAGCAGGAUGGCAAGCAUUGGUGGCUUACAUAAACUUAGCCUGCUAUUACAUUUUUGGUCUCCCUCUUGGGAUUGUCUUAGGUUACGUAGCGAAAUUCGGAGUCAAGGGGCUGUGGGGCGGAAUGAUCGCCGGGAUCGCGAUGCAAACGUUGCUGCUGCUACUCGUCCUAUACAAAACCAACUGGAACAAAGAAGUUGAAGAAACUUCUGGAAGGAUGCAGAAAUGGACCGGACAAGACAUCCAAAGAGAUAAUAGAGCUGAAAGCUAGAAGAGGAUCAGCUGUUCAUCACUUUCUUUCAUUAUCUUCUAUGUCUUUCCUUCUUAAUUUCAUUUUGACUUUUGACUUUGAGCUAAGUGUUUGAGAAAUUUCAUCAUUUUGACUUUAAUUUGAGAAUUA